AUGGCUGCCGCCUUCUCAGCCGCCGCCGCUGCUGCUCUCCUCCUCCCCUUGCACUUCCACCUGCUGCUGCUCCUCCUCUCGCCGUCCGCUGCGCAGCCUGGUUUCAUCAGCCUGGACUGCGGGGGAGCUCGUGAUCACACGGAUGCCAUCGGGAUCCAAUGGACCUCCGACGCCACCUUCGUCUCCGGCGGCGGCCAGACGGCGCAGCUGCUGGUCCAGAAUGGCCAGCAGCAGGCCCAGCAGCAGCUGACCACCGUGCGCUACUUCCCCGCGGAUAACAGGAAGUACUGCUACACCAUGAACGUCAGGAACCGGACGCGCUACCUCGUCAGGGCCACGUUCCUCUACGGCAACUUCGACAACAGCAACGUCUACCCCAAGUUCGACAUCUCCCUCGGCUCGUCUCCCUGGUCCACCAUUGUCGUCGACGACGCCACCACCCCCGUCGUCGAGGAAGCCAUUAUCUUGGCUGCUGCUCCCACGCUCAGUGUUUGUCUCUCCAAUGCUAGCACGGGACAGCCCUUCAUCUCUACUCUCGAGCUUCGACAGUUUAAUGGUUCGCUCUACUACACCACUGAUGAGACGCGCUUCUUUCUGGGACUGUCUGCGAGGAUAAAUUUUGGCGCAGGAAGCAAUGAUUCAGUGAGAUACCCUGAUGAUCCAUUUGAUAGAAUCUGGGAAUCCGAUUCUGUGAGGAGAGCAAAUUACCUUGUUGAUGUUGCUCCAGGGACUGAAAGAAUAUCAACUACCAAACCCAUAUUCGUCAGUACCAAUGAAGAACCACCUGAAAAGGUCAUGCAAACAGCAGUAGUUGGCCAGGAUGGGUCCUUGAACUACCGCCUUGAUUUGGAAGCAAAUAUCAUGGCCAGCAUGGUAUCACGAUAUCCACAGGAAGGUUGGGCACAAGAGGGUGGUGAUCCGUGCUUACCAGCAUCAUGGUCCUGGGUGCAAUGCAGUUCAGAAGCUUCUCCAAGGGUAUUCUCAAUCACAUUGUCUGGGAAGAACAUUACAGGAAGUAUCCCUGUGGAACUGACAAAGUUAUCAGGGCUGGUUGAGCUAAGGCUUGAUGGUAAUUCAUUUUCUGGCCAAAUUCCUGAUUUCAGCGAAUGCCGUAAUUUGCAGUAUAUUCACCUUGAGAACAAUCAGUUAACUGGUGAAUUGCCAUCUUCUUUGGGAGACCUACCUAACCUGAAAGAGUUGUAUGUUCAAAACAACAAGCUGUCUGGGCAGGUUCCAAAAGCACUUUUCAAGAGAAGCAUUAUUUUGAACUUCUCAGGCAACAGUGGCCUUCACAUAGUAAGCAAUGGCAUUAGCCACACCAUAAUUGUUAUAUGUGUGGUGAUUGGAGCCAUUGUCUUACUGGGUAUUGCUAUUGGAUGCUAUUUCAUUACAUGUAGGAGAAAGAAAUCUCAUGAAGACCCUGUUGUUAUUGCAGCACCAGCAAAAAAACUUGGUUCAUAUUUUAGUGAAGUAGCUACAGAAUCAGCACACAGAUUUUCUUUAUCUGAAAUUGAAGAUGCUACUGACAAAUUUGAGAGAAGAAUUGGCUCUGGAGGCUUUGGCAUAGUAUACUAUGGGAAGCUGGCUGAUGGGAGAGAGAUUGCAGUCAAACUUCUCACAAACGACUCCUAUCAGGGAAUCCGAGAAUUCUUGAAUGAGGUGACAUUGCUUUCCAGAAUACAUCAUAGACACCUGGUUACAUUCCUUGGUUACAGUCAACAAGAUGGCAAAAACAUAUUAGUGUAUGAGUUCAUGCAUAAUGGGACACUAAAAGAGCACCUCCGUGGAGUUGAUAAUGUAAAGAUAACUAGCUGGCUGAAGCGUCUUGAGAUUGCAGAAGAUUCUGCAAAAGGUAUAGAGUAUCUCCACACAGGAUGCUCCCCAACAAUUAUCCAUAGAGACCUGAAGAGCAGCAACAUUCUCCUAGACAAGAACAUGAGAGCAAAAGUUGCAGACUUUGGGCUAUCGAAACCUGCAGUGGAUGGGUCUCAUGUGUCAAGUAUAGUUCGAGGAACAGUGGGAUACCUGGACCCAGAGUACUACAUCUCGCAGCAGCUGACAGAGAAGAGCGACAUCUACAGCUUCGGCGUGAUUUUGCUGGAGCUCAUCUCCGGCCAUGAACCGAUCUCGAAUGACAACUUUGGGCUCAACUGCCGUAACAUUGUUGCGUGGGCCCGAUCGCACAUCGAGAGCGGGAACAUCCACGCCAUCGUUGAUGAAUCGUUGGACAGAGGCUAUGACCUGCAGUCGGUGUGGAAGAUCGCUGAGGUGGCCAUAAUGUGUGUGAAGCCCAAGGGCGCUCAGAGGCCUCCCAUCUCUGAGGUGGUCAAGGAGAUCCAGGACGCCAUUGCCAUCGAGCGGGGACCCCAGGAGAUGCAGCGCUCUACCAUCCAACAGCAGGUGCUCGUGUCCAACAGCAACAAGUCCAUGGGUGGUGCCUCGUCGUCCGCGAACAACAAUUCAGGUAGUGUGGCGGUGGACUUGGAGCAGAACGGAGCAUCCUUCGACGAGCUGCUCAUGCGGCCGGGUCUCAGAUGA